GUGUGUGUGUGUGUGUGUGUGUGUGUGUGUGUGUCUCUGUCCUUGUACACACGUGUGCUCCACGGGAGCAGGCAGCCCGGACUGCCCGUGCCCUGGCUCACGGCAUUGCUGCACUGACCGGGAGACACAAGCAGUGUAAGCACAGACCUGCUGGUGUCCCUCUGCCCGGUGUGGGAUGGGGACCCUCACUCUGAUCGGAGCCACCAGUCGGGGGCCCUGCAGACCCCUCUGGGUUUGGGCUGUAUCGGCCACUCCAGCGUCCCCGGUGGAAGUGUGUGCUGAGGACCCCUGAGGGAAGAAAGACCCAGAGUCCCAGGACAUCACGGGCACAUCAAGGAAGACUUUGGAGGGCUGUGACCCCCCAGAAACCGUGUGAAGAUGAGAGUUGGCAGAAGGCGGGCUCUGCCCUCCCCGGGAAGCCGUGGAGGUCAGCGGCAGGGGCGCACGUUUACCCAGAGCCUGUCCUCGGGCGCCCUGGCGUUGCCUCGGCUGAGGAAGACCUAGUGCAAGUGAACCCCCUCUCAACUCGGGGGGUCUCUCUAGCCGGGGUCCAGCAGGGUCGUCAGCCUGUUCCGAGAUUUUAGAUGCUUUGGAACGUUUGCUAACAGAAAACACUUUCUCAAGCCAUAGUUGUGCUAAUACAAAUUGUUCUUCCUUUAAACACACACACAUGCACACACACACACACACACGCACACACACACACACACAUGCGCAUGCACACAUGUAUAGAGCAUGGAGCACAUUUAUUUCCAAAGUAUGAGAAUUCCUAAAGCAGUCAAUUUUUUCUACUCUUUAUAUAUGCAUUUUUCAUCUUUAUGUAGAUAAAAACCUAUGUGAUGAAUAAGGCACAUUUGAAUUUAUUUGCUGCUGCUUUUAUUAAAGAUUCCAGAUUUAAAUGUCAAGAAAAUGGAUAUUAAUUUACUUUUGUGAGUACUUUCUUUAACAGAGCAAACCGUUGAUUAGACUUCCCUUAAGUUAGAAGCCAUCUUUAGCUUCUUAGCAGGGAGUUUACUGAUUGAAAAUGUGAUUCUGUAACACUCAAAACCGUGGAGCAGCCGGUGAGCUCAGUGGCAGCCAAGCAGUGGCCCCUAGUGGCUGGUAAAGCCACCGGUGUUGUACACAGCCUGGGUUCUCCAGAACAUCGUUCUUCAGCUCCUGUCAGACACCGUAGCUUUCAUUUCACUAUGCAGUAAGUGACCGUUGGAGUCAAGCAGAUCUAUAAAAUAAUCUUUUCUGCUCAAGCUGAUACAGUUCAGGUGUUAAUUUUAAGGGGUGACGUGACCGCUGGUACCUUUGGGUCAUGCAUACCUGCAUCUGUCCAGCCUGUGGGAGGUUCGCCGUGGCCCGGGUUCACGGCUACCGGGGACAUGGGGCUAAUGGCCGGUGCCAGCGCUGAGCCCGGCCAGCUUGGGUUUGCAGAGUUUGCCGUGCCGGGUCCUCCAGCCACACGUCUGCAGGGACGUGUGAGUCGGGAGCCUGGGCAGGAUGGGAGUGUCCCUCUGCUCACGAGCAAGCCACGUCGUGACUGCAUCUGGGACCCUGUGCUGGUCGCAGGAGCCGUGGCGGUGCUGGUAGGCAUCUUUCAGAAGAGUUUUGUUCCGCUAGAGAGCAAAGGCGGAUGGUAAAACACACCAUUCAGUUUUAGAAAUCUCUCUUAACUUAGGUGAAGGGAGGGACUGAGAGGGAAACGGCAGGCGCAGAGCGAUGGUGUCAGAACGCAAUCCCCGGCACAGGUGGGGCGGCAGGGGUGGGGGUGUGUGUGGCUGGGACGAGUGAAACAGGCCCCUGGGUCUGUCUGUGCACGGGGUGACACACCGUGGGACACACAGGCUGGAAAAUGCCCCUAGUGCCGGUCAGCAAGUCCUCGUGGCCAGUUCUGGAAAGUGUAGCAACCAAGGGAGAGGACAGCAGACGCCACGGAGAAGCUCUUCUGAAUGCACGCCACGUGUGGGUAACGAUGGGCUAGGCUGAAGUCAACCCAACGCCGCCAAAAAAUAGAAGGAAGUCAAAGCGUAUUGAUUGGUAACAAGGUCAGUGUGAAAAACUGCAUGUUCUGCUAAGUAUAUUUCUUUAAAUAUUGCUCCAACUUGUAUUUCCUCUGAAAGUCAAAGUGUCAUCUCAGCUAAUUAACAUUUAUUGGUGAUUACUAAGUGUCAGGGGCUAUUCCAGAGGCUUCCAAACUUAUUAGCCUCUUGAAGUUUUGCAAUGCUCUUUUUUUGAGAGGAAACUGAGGUUCAGGGAGUAACGUGACCCCUGCCUGAGACCACCCAGCUAAGAAGUCACAGGGUCGGGAUGUGAACCUGCCAAGCGUAUCUGUUUCCGUGGCUGCUACAGUUUGCGAGACUGUGUUUUCUUGUGUCUUUGUAAAUGUGAUAAUCCAUGUUUAGUCAAUAUGCAAAACAUUAUUUUCAUAAAACUUUUCACUGGAGUUGGUUAAGUGGCAAGAACUUUGUCCCGUUUACCACUGGCUGUGCGGCUCACAGGGGGUGGCAUGCUGUCCUGGGCAGAGCUGCCACCGUGCGUCGGGGUUCCCAGUGCUGCCACUGUGCGUCGGGGUGGCCAGUCCUGCAGGUCUGCCUUCAGAUCCAGGCUGGACAGAAAGGGUCGACUGCACAGAGCUCCGGACUCAACCUGCAAGCAUCAAGUUGUGCUAGCACUGGAGUAUAAACUGAUUUUUCUUGCUUGCUAGCUGUGAGUUUGGGGAAAGUUGUUUAAAGCUCUAGAACUGCCCUAUCCAACCCAGUCACCACGAGCCACUUAUGCCGAUUUAAACUUUCAUUUUAAUUAACUAAAACGAGAGGCAAUUAUGAAUUCCGAUUCUCAGAGACUCCAGCCUCAUUUCCAGUACUCUCUGGCCACACGCGGCUCGUGGCUGCUGCGUUGGACGACACGGAUAUAGACCUAAAUCACUGAAAUCACUUCAAUCUUAAGUUCAGCGUCAUGCCUUGUAGCGGUUCUCAGAUUUAUCAUGAUAAUUAUCGUAGGACUGUUGUAGUCAACACGAAAUUAUGCACAUAAAAGUGCUUUGCACGUUGUAAAGUGCUAUACUCAAGGUUUUUUUUUUUUUUUUAAUUAUUCUAGUGUCAUAAAACCAUGUCGUCUCUGCAAUACUAAGACUUUGGCCCUGGUGGAUCUUAUAAUCUCGUUGUCUCUUUUUCAGAAGUCGGACUGCGUGUCUUGACGUUGACGUUUAUGCUUUGUUCUUUAAGACUGAAGUCCACACUCUGCACCACUGAGGAUUUCUCUUAACGUGAAAGGUACCAGUACACAUGCAUACAAAAUACGCAGUUUAUAUUUUACCAUGAGGUCCACGUCUGCUGAAGAUUAACAGGAAAAAGCAGGAUCACACACCAGCUGGUGAGAGUCUCCACCUUUCGCCCCCGAGAACGGGCUACUGUGGGUGCAGAGCAGGUGAAUGAGUGACGGGCUCCCUGUGCCCCCCGGGCCAGCGACAGCCACGCUCCUUAACUAGCAGCCUUAAUGACUAACAUGCGUCCAGCUCAAAUGACAGGGAGGAUGGGACUUCAGGGACAGGCUGUUUCUCACGUGCACCAAUUGGCUUGUUUUAGGGAGCAACAAGUUUGCGCGUCCACCGGCGGUCGACACGUGUACCCGGCACGAUGGACAGGAGUCUGAGGAACGUCCUCGUGGUAUCCUUCGGGUUCCUGCUCCUCUUCACGGCCUACGGGGGUCUGCAGAGCCUGCAGAGCAGCCUGUACAGCGAGGAGGGCCUGGGCGUGUCGGCGCUCAGCACGCUGUACGGAGCGGUGCUGCUGUCCUCCAUGUUCCUGCCGCCGCUGCUCAUCCGGAGCCUGGGCUGCAAGUGGACCAUCACCAUCUCCAUGUGCGGCUACGUGGCCUUCUCCCUGGGCAACUUCUCCGCCAGCUGGUACACUCUGAUCCCCACCUCCAUCCUGCUGGGGCUCGGGGCGGCCCCCCUGUGGUCUGCCCAGUGCACGUACCUCACCAUCAUGGGGAACGCGUACGCAGAGAAGGCGGGCAAGCUCGGCAAAGACGUGGUCAACCAGUACUUCGGCAUCUUCUUUCUCAUAUUCCAGUCGUCCGGCGUGUGGGGCAACUUGAUCUCGUCUCUGGUCUUCGGCCAGACCCCCAGUAAAGACACCAUCCCGGAGGAGCAGCUCGUGUCCUGUGGUGCCAGGGACUGCUUGAUGACCACCACGCCCAGCAACAGCACCCAGCGCCCCUCCCCGGAGCUGGUCUACACCCUGCUGGGCAUCUACACCGGGAGCGGGGUGCUGGCCGUCCUGCUGGUAGCCGGGUUUCUGGAGAACAUACAGGACGUCCAGCGGGAAGGCGGAGGAGAGAAGAAAUCACCACCUUUUUGGUCCACGUUGCUGUCGACUUUCAAGCUGUUCGGGGACAGGCGCCUGCGCCUCCUGACCCUGCUGCCGCUGUACAGCGGGCUGCAGCAGGGCUUCCUCUCCGGCGAGUACACCAGGUCCUACGUCACCUGCGCCCUGGGCAUCCAGUUUGUCGGCUACGUGAUGAUCUGCUUCUCGGCCACCGACUCGCUGUGCUCCCUGCUCUUCGGGAAGGUCUCGCAGUACACGGGCAGGACCGCGCUCUACGCGCUGGGCGCGGGCACCCAGCUCUGCUGCUCCCUGGCCCUCCUGCUGUGGACGCCGCAGCCCGACCAGCGGGCCGUGUUCUUCGUGUUUUCCGGCCUGUGGGGUGUGGCGGACGCCGUCUGGCAGACGCAGAACAACGCUCUCUACGGCGUGCUGUUUGAGGAGAACAAGGAGGCCGCCUUCGCCACCUACCGCCUGUGGGAAGCCCUGGGAUUCGUCAUUGCCUUUGGGUGCAGCACGUUCCUCUGCGUCUACGUGAAACUCUACAUCCUGCUGGGGGUCCUGAGUGUCACCAUGGUGGCUUAUGGCAGCGUCGAGUAUCUGGAGUCCAAGAACCCGGCCAGACCGCUCGCGCCAAGACAGGCGAACCGAGAAGAGGAAGAAGAUAUACAAACAAAAAUAUGAGCGCGGCCGUCCGCGGGGGACCCUGAAAGUGCGUGCGGAAGCGUUCGGCCUGAGGACGCCUCACGGUGGACGGUCACCUUCACAACGGCUUCAGCGUAUUCGCCGUUCCGAAGAUGUGAAGUGAUUUCACUUCAUAUGUAUUUUUCUUCUCUAACGAGUGUGUGGUCCAUCAUCUUAUCAAUAGAGGUCAAGAGUAUCUAUGAAGGUAUCAGUUCAUUUCAUUUUAGAUACAAAAGAAAAAUGUUUGAAGUACAAUCAACCAACGAGAACUUCCCUAGAAUCAGAGACUUACCCUUAUUUUUGCUGAUGUUUUUAAGAGUUGGAAGGCUACUUAAAAUAACCUAGUCCAACACCAUAAUUUUACAAAUGGGUAAACUUUCAAACUUCUAACCCCACACAUUUUACAAACAGGUCUGAACCAGUCCCCUGACUAAAAGCCAGGCUAGAGUUUUUGUCUCUUGAAACUUAGAGUCUGAGUUGCUAAAUAAAUGCAAUUAUCUUAUGGACUUA